UUGACGGGGUGUUGAGCCAAUGCGAGGCUGGGGAAGCUGAGAGCCCCGGCCAGGAGGUGGAAUCAGCGCUGAGCCGAGGAGCAGCAGUGAGGGCGGUGGGACUGACUGACAGUGGAAGGAGCUGUGUCUGCAUUUAUCACUGACUGCCUGCCUGAAAUCGUGGCAAACUUGGACUUGAGACAGCGAUGAAUGCAACAGUCAGCUUUGGCCACUUUUUUUGUCGUAAAAUUGCCAGCUGGUAAAAUGGUGCAAUUAAAGUGAAGUGCUCUGGAGUGGAAUGCUGGUAGCAUUGAAAAAAGGCCUUGUUUUGACUAGAGUUGACAGACCAUGAAGAUUUCAGUGUCCCACAGUCAUAUGAGAUGUUCAAGGUUACAGUGUGAAAGGAAUGAGCUCUAUCAAGGGAUGUACUGCAAACUCCAAUGAGAACGUACCCUCGAUGAAAUCCAUACAGUAUGGAUCAGGAUGAAUUUCCACCCCCUCCUCCUGAAGUGCUAGAAAGUGUGCUUCCUUACGUUGAUGAAGAUCAAGAGGAAGGCGAAGUAUUUGAUUUUGACAGUGAUGAGAUACCAGAAGCAGACAGAGAUCCCAGCUCCGCCCCUAUGCCUGUGGUUAUGAAUGAGGUGGAACACUGCACCACACAAAACUCAACACAGGAUAAUGUAACUUUGGAUACAUGUAGUGAGAACCAUGGAUAUUACGAAAUAUCAGAAACGAAUAACUUGCCCCCACGUGGAAAGGAUUUAGAUGCCGACCCUAAAGCAGUGGCACAAGAAAAUGGUACUGCUGCCAAUUUGCUACAUACAUCAACACAAGCCACAGCACUUGCAAAAGUGAAUCCAUAUUCGGUUAUAGAUAUCACACCACUCCAGGAAGACGAUCAAGUUGAAUCAUCAGGAGCAGAACAAAGCCUCCAGGACAAUAAUGCAACAGGUUAUGCACUACCCGCUGGAUAUUGUGUUCCAGUUCCCUGCGGAUAUGCUGUACCAUCUAAUGUACCAUUGUUGGUUCCGACAUAUUCAGCCCCUGUUACUUUAAUAAGAAAUGUUUCUGUCGAUGAGGAAGCACCAUUUACAAGUGAGGAUGUUGAUGCUAGAGUUAUUCAGUCAAACAGUCAGCCAAUUGGUGAAGAUUAUCUUGCUUUGGACACAGAAGAUGCCUUUACCAAAUGGGCUUCAGACCCAGCAAAUACGGCAUGGCUGGAGGGUCAGGAUGAAGUGAUUUAUGAUGAUGUGCCAAUAGAAAAUUCUGAUGCAUCAGCAACAGAUCCAGAAGAACUAAUUUAUGAUGAUGUGGAACAUGGGGAUGAAGCUGCAACAAGUUCUUUGGAUUAUGGUUGGAGCUCCAGUGAGUUUGAGAGCUAUGAUGAGCAAAGUGAUGGCGAGUCUAAGAAUGAAAAUGGAAUUCCCAACUCAUUCCUCCAAGGCAAAUCUCACAAGAACAAGAUACAUCUUUCACAGGACCUGAGUCGUUUAAAAGAACACUACGAGAAGAAAAUGAAAGAAUUGGCAAAUGCAGUGGGAAGUGUGGAACUUCAACAACUGAAGCAGAAACAAGAAAGGAAGAUGCAACAAUUAAUGAAAGCUGCAAAAGAAGGUACAAAAGAUGGAUUAGAAAAAACCAAAGCUGCUGUUCUUAAAAGGGGUCGUUCAUUUAUUAGACACCGAUAUCAAGAUCACAGGUUUGGGUGUCUAGAAGAGGAAGAACAGAAUCUCUUCAUUGAUGUUGACUGCAAACAUCCAGAGCCAGUAAUGACACCAAUGCCAGAGGGUUUGACACCACAGCAGGUUGUCAGACGAUAUAUUCUUGGUUCAGUUGUUGAAAGUGAGAAGUGUUAUGUGGAUGCAUUGAAGCGAAUUCUAGAACAUUAUGAGAAACCUCUUUUGGAAAUGGAUCCGAAACUAUUAAGUGAAAGGAAAUUAAAAAUAGUGUUUUAUCGAAUAAAGGAGAUUCUUCAGUGCCAUUCCUUGUUCCAGAUUGCCUUAGCUAGUCGUGUGACUGAGUGGGACUCAGUUGAAAUGAUUGGCGAUGUCUUUGUUGCCUCAUUUUCAAAGUCAAUGGUGCUUGAUGCGUAUAGUGAAUAUGUAAACAACUUUAGCACUGCCAUGGGAAUUAUUAAGAAAGUGUGUGCCAGCAAACCUGCCUUUCUGGAAUUUUUGAAACAAUGCCACGAGUCAAGUUCUGAUCGCAUUACAUUGUAUGGCCUAAUGAUGAAGCCAAUUCAACGUUUUCCACAGUUCAUUCUUUUGCUACAGGACAUGCUAAAGAACACUCCAAAGGGACACUCUGAUAGACUACCUCUUCAGAUGGCUCUUACUGAGCUUGAAACAUUAGCAGAGUACUUAAACGAACAGAAACGGGAAGCAGACCAGCGUUGUGAAAUGAAGCAGAUUGCAAAAGCAAUGAAUGAGCGUUACUUGAAUAAGCUUCUUCGUAGUGGAAACAGAUACCUCAUAAGGUCAGAUGACAUGGUGGAAACUGUUUACACUGAGAAAGGAGAAAUUGUGAAAACCAAAGAGCGACGUCUGUUCAUGUUAAAUGAUGUUCUUAUGUGUGCUACAGUCAGCUCUCGUGUCCACCAUGACAACGGUGGUGCAAUACCCUCUGGACUGAGAUACUUGCUGAAGUGGAGUGUACCGCUUUCUCAAGUUGAUGUUGUGGAAUUUGGGAUCAGUGAGGAUCUGGCAGAGAAAAGUAGAUUUACCCCACCACAUUCUGGAGAAAAGAUUCUAAUUAGUACAAAGCCAAACAAGUUGUACAUGGGACCAGGACAACUGUAUCAGGAUUUACAAAAUCUAAUGCAUGAUUUAAGUGUGAUUGGCCAGAUUACGCAGCUUGUUGGUACUUUAAAAGGAAAUUAUCAGAACUUAAAUCCAGCUGUGAGCCAGGAUUGGACAGCAGGUCUUCAGAAACUCAUAUUUAAAAAGGAAGAAGAAAUAAGAGCAGCAGAUCGUUGCAGAAUUCAACUGCAACUCCCUGGAAAACCAGACAAAUCUGGAAGGCCUUCAUUUUUUACAGCAGUGUUUAAUACAUUUACUCCAACAAGCAAACUCUCCUGGAUGAGUAGUUUACAAAUGGCCAAAUUGGCUCUUGGGGAUGAGAACCAGCUGGGUUGGUUUUGUGCAGAGGAUGAUGGGAAACAAGUAAAGCGCCAAAAGCACCCACUUCUUGUCAGGCACAUGCCUGUGAUGAUGUCAAAACUGCAGGAGUUCAAGGUAGAAUGUGCUAUUCAUAAUCCAGAACACUGUAAUGCAUCUGAUGCACCAAACUCAUUCUCUAUGGAACAUGGAUAUCUGUGGAUUGGAAGUUGUACCAAUCAAAUGGGCCAGAUCACUAUAGUCACACUACACAAUUCCAAUGCAAAAGUAAUUGAAUGCUUCAAUGUUGAGUCCCGUAUACUGGCCAUGGCGUAUGUCCCAGAAGAUGACAAGCCAGAAGAAUCUGAUGUCUUUUCUGACUCUGAAUCUAUGAGUACAAAGUCCACUGAAACUCCAACCAUCUGUCUUGGCAUGGAAGAAGGAAGCAUUUCUGUGUACAAGAGUAAUCAGGCUUCGAAAAAAGUUCGAUUGCAGCAUUUCUUUACUCCGGAUAGAUCAACAGUGGUGAGCCUCGGAUACAAGUUACAAUGCCUCUAUGCUGGACUUGUUAAUGGAAAUAUUGCUGUCUACACCAAGGCUGAAGAUGGAUCUUGGAAUGCUGAUUCACCAAAAGUGCUGAAACUUAGUGACCUACCUGUGAAAGUCAUCCUUGUGGUGGAAGACACGCUCUGGACUGCUUCUGGUGGACAGAUUUUCAUCAUCAGCACGAAGACACAUACAGUGGAGCAACAGUUUGAGGCUCAUCAGGAAGAAGGGAUGGUCAUCUCACAUAUGGCUGUGGCUGGUGUUGGAGUCUGGAUAGCCUUCCAUUCAGGUUCUGCUCUGCGCUUGUUUCACACAGAGACAUUUGAGCAUCUUCAAGACAUCAACAUUGCCACUCCUAUCCAUAACAUGAUAGCAGGACAGCAACGGGUUACUGUGACCAGUCUCCUAGUCUGUCAUGGGCUACUGUUGGUUGGAACCAACCUGGGUAUCAUUGUGGCUUUGCCAGUUCCUCGAUUGCAGGGCAUACCUAAAGUUACAGGAAGGGGAAUGGUGUCUUACCAUGCACACUGUGGUCCAGUCAGAUUUCUCACUAUGGCUACAGCCACUGCCACGAUGACGAACAAAUAUCCGUCACUUACAAGUCUGUCACCUCCGCUGGAAGGUAAAGAUGGAGAAAAGACUGGUCAUGUUGGCUCUCAAGCCGAAUACUCAAGCUCUUCAUGUGCAACUAACAAAGACAAAGGAGUUUGGCUUGGAGAUAACUCAGUAUCUGUUGUCCAACACAGCAGUAUAUCUUCAUCUACAGGAUCUCUGACCUGUUCUCAUCAGUCCAGUUCACUGGAACAUGGCCCUGAGGACAGCACAAUCUAUGAGUUCUUGAAUGAUCCUAGUCUCUCAAGUAAAGCUAAAAACAGUGACAGUGAAAGGACAAAGAAGAUGAAGAUGAGUUCUGUAUUGGUCAUGUCUGGAGGUCAGGGACAUAAACGACUGAACAAGAAGUCUAAACAACAGCGUCAAGAUGAAACCAUUUCCACUAUCAUGAUUUGGCAAAUUCCAUUGUUAAAUUUAUGAGAAGUUAAUGGCCUUGUCCAUAUCACUUCUUUUGAUAUCUAUAAUCCUUUUUGGGAUAUAUCUUGUAAGAUAACAUAGAAAAUGCAUAAAUGUUCUUGUGUAUUUUGAACAGCAUGUAUUGUAGCAGCUUAAUACUCACAGCAUGUCAGUCUGCCAGCCCAUCAAUAUUUGCAUUGCCAAUGUUGAACAAUUUGAGAUCUAAAUGUGUACUUCAAAAAUAGGUUAGAUUCCUAUUCAAUAAAUAACAUGUUUCAAUAGUUUAUCAACACAAUCUUAAGGCACAUUGCUUCAAGAUUUGCUUUAAUUGGUUUGGAGAAAUUGAACUUGUAGGUAACAUUUCCAAGCUUUUCCUGCUGUGAAAACUGAGCAGAUUUCCCACUAAAUAACUUAAUUUUGCCUUCUCCUUGGUUGAAAAGUACUUGUGUGUCAAUUUUUCCAACUCCAUAUUGUGGCAUGUUUUUCUCAGACAUACAUUUUCUAGAAAUCUGCCAAUGACAAAUCCCAAAACACUGCAGGAAUGCAAAGGAAUGCUACCACUUUUUGGUGGGAAUUUCAAAUACUACAGAUUUGUUUCAUGGAAUAAAUUAGAUUCUUGCACAAAUUAGAUUGUUGAGUAAGCUACUGAAAUGUGUGCAUUUACAAAACAAUUCUUGAAAUUUGGAAAAUAUACAUCCAAGUUGACCAGCUGAUUGAAAUAUUUUUUAACAGCGUUUUUUUUUAAAAGAGCCAUAUUUGAUACUGUUUCUGACCAGUGCAGAAAUGUCUAUUGUCAUUUUGGAGAUAAGUUGUAUUGCAGACAUUGGUGCACAAUCGAGCUAGUACAUUUAAUACAGACAGUUAAUGAUUUGCUGGAGACGCUCAUUACUAACAAUUAUAUAAAAGUUAUCUACUUUUGCACAAACUAUUCCAAAAUACGCUUAUACAGUUUACUAUUAUUUACAAUAUAUUCAAGUCUUUGUAGAUUUUUAAAAUUGUAGAUAAUUUUCAAAUGUAUUUGUGAAUCUAUUUUAUAUGUUCUUGAGUAAUCAUAAUUGUUAAUUAAUUCAAUGGGAAUGAUAAAUUUCAAUUGAAGUGAAAAUGGAUUUUUUUAGUUACUAUUAAAUGAAAAUUUUCCAUAUUCAAGUGGAGUAGUUUUAGAAAAACGCCCAAUAAAAGUAUGCCUAAUAUAAAUCACCUCACCAACAACAUAAGACAUCAAGUUUUCCAUGAUUUCUGUUCAAUUCUUGAGUUAAAUUUAAUUUCUUGACAAGUAAUAUGUGGGGUUAAAUUGUCACUAGAGCAAUAAAAUAGAUUAAAGUCAGUUCAAGCAGGUUAUCAGCGUCUGAAAGGGCAAAGCCAAGUCUGCAGUGUCAGAUGCUGAUUGACCUAUUCAGCAUUUUACAGCAUUUUGAUCUAUUUCAAAUAACUAGCAAGUAUAAUUUUCUUUUGUAUUUUUAACAUGCAUAUUAAUACAUUCCUUUUUUGAAAUUUUGUGGCGCUGAGCAUCAUAAUAUUUCUGACAUGAUUUCGCAGUUGGUUUCAGAUACACGUUACAUCCAUUUAAAAUGUUAGAUCAUAUUAUUGCAUCUCAUCUGUUGUUAUGACAUUUCAAGGUGAGGUUUGGUCAGCAUUGUUCUCAACUGUUCAAACUACAUUAAAAUUUCAUUGCACAGUCAAUGUGUUUACGGCCAAGUAUUGAAGCAAGACUUUGCAUAAUUGAAUUAUAUUUAUUGGACUGUUUCUUUAGUAUAUCAGCACUAUUCAGUAUUGUAUUGUGGUUCUCAUGAUACUUUGCGUUAAAUUUGCUGCCAGUAUUAUUUGUGGCAAUGCAGCUUGUUUCAUUGUUGCAAUGGGUAGAGGUGUUAAAACUGGUUCUGAUGUCAGGUUCAGACUUGCCCAGCCGAGAAGUACUGUUUAGCAGGAGCGCUCAGCUACUUAGUUGUAUGGCACCUUGUCCACUUUUAGAAAUUAAAAUGGAACAGGGAUAGCUGUAGGAAUGAGGAAGACAUUAAAACCAUGCAAGUUAUUGACAGUUGAUAGGUUUCUGCAUGUAAAAUGAAAUAAUCAUUGAAUGCAAGCAUCUCCAAAGCAAUAAACUACUUAAUUCAUCCAUAGCCAUAUUUUAUUUGACCAAUAUAUAGUAUGCAAUUAUUCUCCUUGUACAGAGAUCCACUUGGCUAGUAAGAAUAUAUAGGUAAGAGCAAAUUACUUAGAUCUGUAAGAUUUUAAGGAAGUAUUACUAGAAUCUAGUCAGUUAAAAUUGUGUUGUUUACUAUAUUUGAUAAAAUGACCUAUUGCUUGUUAUCAUCAAGAUAUCACUAUCCAUUUGGACUUUGGCUUGCAGGUUUAUUUGGAGCCAAGUGGUGAUUCUCUGAGGGCCCAUUAACAGAUUUAUUCCUGGAGGCCACAUUAAUAAACUAGACAGACUGAUUAAUCAUCAACUGGAGUACUGCACACCUGCUUGUCAACCAUAGGUUUCAUAUUAUUGAAUCUAAAUCAAGGCCUCGUUCAAAUCUCGCACUCUCAGAAGACAGCCCACUGACCCAUCCCACAAUAUCUCACAACAUCAAAGAGGAUAGUAAGUACUAAGUCAUCAGACACUGUGCAGUAAAAUAGACUAAACUUCUGUGAUAUUACACUGCCAGCACCGAUUUAUAGUCCACACACUUGGCUCGAGGGCCAGAAAAAGUGGAGACCUAUGUUGUGCAUUCCUGUGUGCAUAUACAUAAACACAUGUGGAUCUUUUCCAUACAUCCAAAAGCUAGCUAAGUUUUAAUGUUAUCAAUACCCAUCCAUUAGCUCCCCAUGAGUAUUGAUAGGAUUUUUUUUUAAAAAACCAGCUUUUCCUGUUAGUCCCAUAAUUGCCUUUGCACCCAUCAGCAGUCAGCUUGAAGCUAGAGAUUGCUGGAAGUACAUUCUAAAAGCGAUCUUUGUUAAUCGGAAUGAAAUAACUUGGCACCCAAAUUCCAAAGUUGUUUCAACUUGUUAUUGUGGUAAAUUAUACAACAUAAAAAGCCCAUAUAAGAAGACUUACAGUGCUCUGAAGCUUCUUGUUUUCUUUAAAUUAGUACAAUUGUUUUUGUGAAAAUAAGUAUAUAGUAUCCUGGAAUAAAAAGAUAACUGCUGGAGAAACUCAUCAACUCUGGCAGCAAUUGUAAAAAUAGAGAAACAGAGUUCAUGUUUUGAGUUUAAUAUAACUUCAUCAGAACUGAAUCUUUAUCUCUUAACACAGAUGCUGCUAGAUUGCUGACUUUCUCUUGCACUUUGAUUUUUCCUCAGAUUUCCAAUAUCUGUACUAUUUUGUUUCUGUAGAUAUUAUCCUGUAUUGUUUUAAAGUUAAUAGUCACAGUCACAUAUAUAUGUAUAUAACCAUCUAACAUUCCAUCAUGUGGAGAUAAUCCUGAGAUUUUUGUAGGACUUUUGUAAGGAAUGGGUGCAAUGUCACACUUAAGGUUUGUCAGGGUAAUGUAUUUUGUUCAAAUUAAACUUCAGAAUAGUCAGAAUGAAACAUAUUUUAUAAUCCAAAAAAAUCUAUCUUUGUACUUACCAUUGUGCUUUAUUUGAUGAUCUGAAAAUAGCUUUAUUCAACAAUGUAUGCUGUAACACUAUUGGCUGAUGCUGAAGGACAGUUGGUUUAGCUAGUAUCAAUUCCUAUAUUAAGAUCACUAUGUAAAAUUUGCAUUGCAACUAUGACCAAAGAUUGAAGGUUAGGUGGAGCAUAAGAGCAGUAAUUUCUGGAAAAACUGAGUAGGCCUGGCAGCAUCUGUGGAGAUAGAAACAGUGUUGAUGUUUCAAGUCCAAUAUGGCUCCUCUUUGGAAUGGAAUAUAGGCCAUCUUAUUUAUAACUUGUAAAAAUGUUUAUGUUAAGUCUUUGUAUUUUAACAUUAAUUAGAGCAUCAACUUGAAUGCAAGACUUUAGAAUUAUUUCAACCAGAAGUCACAGUCAAUUGCAAGAGUGCUGCUGACCAGGGAAGAACAAGGGAUAAUAUUUCAUCUCAUUCACCAGCUUGUUACUUCAAAGAAAUUUAUAGUUAAAACUUGCUAGAUGGAAAACUUAUUGAAAAGAAUAUUGCAGGUUAUUUUUCCUGGACAUCAAUUAUGCAUGAAAAGUAGAUCCACCCAGGCCUUUUCAUGAACAUUUCUUAACAGAAAGUCUUGCGUGAACUAUAAUGUUCUAUAAAAUAAUUGAACUUGAAGCUGCUGCUCUUUCUUAUGCAAUCCGAAUGACUGCUAUUCUUUUUAAUUUCUAUUUCAUUUUAUUCAAUUAGAUUUUUCUACCUUUGUUGUAAUCUAAAUCUGCAAUUGCCUCAGUGGGGUCAUUUUGAUUCCAUGAGAUUAUGUCAAAUUUUCAAUCUCUCCCACUUUUAUUAUCAUUGACAAGCAUCUACAAUGAAAACAUAUCUAAAAUUAACUGUAUUACUAUAGGCAUAAGCCAAACAAUCCAGAAAUAAUUCAGAUAAGUUUGUGGUAUUCUGAAUCUGCUGUAUCAUUCUUUCUUGAUCAUUUUUGAUAUGUCUCUGCCAAGUUCCUAAUAAGCAGGUGAUCAGAAACAGAUGAUCAUAUGGCAUAAGUUUGCAUAAAAGCAAAAGAUGGCAUGUUUGGAAGAUGUAAGUGGACUGAUUAUUCCUGUAGCUAAAGUUAGAAUCACUGCUGCUGUUACAGUGUGUCAGAGUUUUCUGUGAGAGGUUCCUGUACAGACUUAAAAAAAAUUGAAAAUUUCAGUCUCAAUUAAAUGGCCAGCGAAUUUAAUGAUUUGUAACCAAACAAUUUUAGAGAAUUGCUAGUCACCACCAUUGACAGAAAUUGGAAAAUCAAAGUUCCCCUAUUUAAAAAGGUCACCAACUUUUAGACAAAGUAUAAUUUAAGAACAGUUAUCACUAUUAAUCUACACUGAUAGAUAUAGUACCAUGCAGUCUUGGGUAGGUGUCUUUUAUAGAAAUCCAAAUAAUUAAUCUUGUUCGAAGCAUCUAAAUACCUGAAAAUUCAGAAACAUUUAUAACAACUUUUAAUUUGAAAACCAAGAAUUUGGCAAUUUAUUUGAAAGCUUUCUCUAUUGCUCAAUGCUUGAAAUAACUUUAUUGUUUAACACGUUACUUUGCAGUGCUUAAAUAGAUUAAGUGCUGUAAAAUCAGUAGGGGAAAAAAAAUCCAGCUGGACAGUAGCACCUAAGAAACAGUUUUCUAUUGACUGUGUCUUCUUGUCCACUGAAUUCUAUGGAAGUGAAAAUUGGGUGAGAUGUUUAAUAGCUAGUGUGAAACAGCUAACUUUGCACUCCCAUCACAAAUUAAUUUCUACCCCAAGGUAUUUUUAAUUGGACUAGCAUAUCAGUUUUGAAUGAAUUCAUACUAUGACCCGUGAAAGAUGUACUAUAUAGAGUCUUUAUUUUUAGGAUUUGACAAGUAAUGUUCAGUGGGAUAAAAAUUCAUUGUAUAUUGUUAUCGAAAUGAGUGGGAUUGUUUUGUGAAGUAUAUUAUAGUUGAAGUUUAACAUAUAAUGACAACAGGGUCUUGUAAAUGUUUAUCAGCUUCAUAGUUAUGGCUUUGAAUGUAUUGAACUUUUAUAUUCUUGUGUCUGUAAUGUUUCCUUUUUAUUCUAGUUCCUGGAUUAUUGGUUAAUAUGCUGAAUGUAUUUGUUUUGUAAUUACCCAGCAAAUGAGUGAAAUAAUGAUAAACUGUAACAUGUUACAAGCUCUUCUUUGUUUACAUAUUUAAAAGUAAACUCUUGCUCAUCUAUGUUAAUAAAUUCCCAUACUUUGU